CGGAAGCGGGGGGGACUGCUUGGGGCGAGGGACCGGAAGCGGCGGCCAGGCCUGGGCGGCGGGAUGGCGGGGUUGUCGGUGCGGGAUCCCGCCGUGGACCGUUCCUUGCGCUCCGUCUUCGUGGGGAACAUCCCGUACGAAGCUACAGAGGAGCAGCUGAAGGACAUUUUCUCAGAGGUUGGGCCCGUGGUCAGCUUUAGGCUGGUGUAUGACAGGGAGACGGGAAAGCCGAAGGGCUAUGGCUUCUGUGAGUACCAAGACCAGGAGACGGCCCUCAGUGCCAUGCGGAACUUGAAUGGGCGAGAGUUCAGCGGGAGGGCCCUGCGUGUCGACAACGCGGCCAGUGAGAAGAACAAAGAGGAGCUGAAGAGCUUGGGCACAGGUGCACCCAUCAUAGAGUCACCCUACGGUGACCCGGUCAAUCCUGAAGAUGCCCCCGAGUCCAUCAGCCGGGCAGUAGCCAGCCUGCCACCCGAGCAGAUGUUUGAGCUGAUGAAGCAGAUGAAGUUGUGUGUCCAGAACAGCCCCCAGGAAGCCAGGAACAUGCUGCUCCAGAACCCCCAGCUGGCUUAUGCCCUGCUACAGGCUCAGGUGGUCAUGAGGAUUGUCGACCCGGAGAUUGCACUGAAAAUCCUGCAUCGCCAGACCAGUGUUCCUCCUCUCAUCCCAGGCAACCAACAGCCAGUGCCGGGGCCGGGGCCGGGACCAGGACCAGGGCCUGGGCCAGGGCCUAACGCCCAGCUGAACCCACAGAAUACACCCUCGUCCCAGCCACAGCCCAUAGGUGGGAUGCACGUAAAUGGCGCUCCGCCUCUGAUGCAGCCGCCCAUGCAGGGAGGAGUGCCGGCCCCAGGACAGAUGGCAGCCCCUGUGCAGGGCCCAGGCCCUGGCCCCAUGGCUCCAGGAGGUGGGCUGCAGCCGCAGGUUGGGAUGCCGGGUGGAGGGCCAGUCCCCUUGGAGCGUGGACAAGGGAACCUGCAGCUCUCGCCCGUGGGACCUGCCAGGCCUGCGUCUAUCGAACGCGUUCAAGUGCCCAUGCCAGACCCGAGGGCCCCUAUGCAGCGUGGACCUCUACCUGCUAGUGGCCCGCCGCCCCGAGGCCUUUUGGGAGAUGCCCCGAAUGACCCUCGCGGAGGGACCCUGCUCUCAGUCACUGGAGAAGUGGAGCCCAGAGGUUACCUUGGGCCGCCCCACCAGGGAGCCCCUAUGCACCAUAUGCCUGGUCAUGACAGCCGUGGCCCCCCCCAUGAGAUGAGGGGGGGACCCAUGGGAGAACCCCGACCACUGAUGGGAGAGCCACGGGGGCCCUUGAUGGAUGCUCGAGUCGGAAGAGAUCCCCGAGGGCUGGAGCCACGAGGAUUGGAGCCACGAGGGUUGGAACCCCGGGUGAUGGAAGCGCGAGCCCUGGAGGCACGAGGCCUGGAGCCACGGGUCCUGGAGCCGCGAGUGCUGGAAGCCAGGGCCAUGGAGGCCAGGGUCAUGGAGCCACGGGGCCUGGAGCCUCGAGGGCCAGGUCCCAACCCACGUGGCCCCAUGCCUGGUGGGAUACAGGGUCCUGGGCCACUUAACAUGGGAGCCAGUGGCCCGCAGGGGCCCCGCCAGGUUCCUAACAUGGCAGGGGCAGGCUUGCAGGGAGGAGGCAUUCCUGGGGCAGGGGUCCAAGGAGCUGGUCAGCCUGGAGGCUUUAGCCCCGGACAGAGCCAGGUUACUCCCCAGGAUCACGAGAAGGCAGCCCUGAUCAUGCAGGUUCUGCAGCUGACAGCAGACCAGAUCGCCAUGCUGCCGCCGGAGCAGCGGCAGAGCAUCCUUAUUCUAAAGGAGCAAAUCCAGAAGUCUACAGGGGCACCCUGACAGGUGAUGUCCUUAGCCAGGCCUCAGCCUGUGCCUGUCCCCUUCAGUAAAUCAGAGAGCUGCUCAGGAUGGGGCUCUGUCCUGUUUUUCCUGCUUGUGCCGGGGCUCACUGUCCUCCCCUUCCUCCUUGCAGCCCUGGCAGGCAUGUGGUGGAGAUGCUGUCUGCCUGGACAGAGGCAACGCUCUACGGCAGCUACUUCCCGUUGCUGUCUGCGCUGAUGCUGUGUUUUGGGAGAGGUUUCUCCUCACACCCUAACAUUUUCCCCUUCCGUUCAUCUUUUUUUCUGUGUGUAUAUUUUAUGAUGUUUGAAAUAAAGUGGGAGGAGGGUUUGAGUAAA